AUGGCCAAACUAUUCAUUGGCGGCCUCGCAUGGCACACUACCGAUGAAACUCUUCGCGACGGGUUCUCUCAGUACGGAACUAUCGAAGAAGCCGUUGUCGUUAAGGAUCAUGACACUCUGCGCAGCCGCGGUUUCGGUUUCGUCCGCUUUGCCAGUGAGACUGAGGCAGAGACAGCCAUGAACGCCAUGAACAACCAAGAGUUCGAUGGUCGCAUCAUCCGUGUUGACAAGGCUUCGGAGAGACCCAAUCCCCGCAACGGAGGUGGUUUCCAGGGUCGCGGUGGCUACAACCGACCGGAAGGACAGGCCUACCGUGGGGGUGGUGCCGGUGGCUGGCGCCAGAACCAACCCUCUGGUCCUUGA